AUGGCAACGACCACGAGCACCACUACGCUGAGCACCGCCGACGCAAGCGAGCUCAAUACCUUGCGCGCCGAACUCAAACAGUGGGAGAAAGCAUUUGCGGAUGCUAACGGGGGAAGAAAAGCCGGGCGACAUGAUAUCAAGCAGGACCCUGAGAUAGCCGCCAAAUACAAAACCUACGGCCGACUACGUGCCCUCGAAGAACCAUCAUGCAACGAACGCAGUAAAGACGUCGCAAAAACACCUUCCAAAUCAGACCAGCACCACGCCCGAACGAAGCGUAAGUACGGCGCUUUAUCGACAGAUCAGCACACACCUCGAAAAGCGCGACGGGAGCUUUCCACGCCUGCAAAGAACCAGCGCGUGGCCAGCGAUCCGCUUCAUCCAGCUGUAUUAGAUCCUUAUGAUUCGCCCACUGCAUUCCGGCGAUUGUUCAGUCCAACAACUCAUCGUCAACAACCACAGCAGCAACCGUCUCCACUUCCACUCAAGACCGCCAUCGGGCCGACUCCACAGCGCAAUGGGAAACUGCUAGGUCUUUUUGAUAUGCUAUCUGCUUCGGGCGGAAGCACUGUGACGCCAUCUGUGAAACGGACUGCAGCGCUUGACCGAGCCAUUAUCCAGACACCGUCGAGAAGCAAGGUCCAGAGACUAGGCGAUAUUCCUGAAAUGGCGGAUAACGAAGGAAUUGAAAAUGAAGGGAAUGGUGAUGACGAUGACGACAGCAACGAAAGUGCAGUAGCAAUGGGCCGCACGCCAGCCUCGUCGAGUAAGAAGUUAUAUCUUGAACGACUUUUUGCUACCCCUACUACAUUACGAUUCGCGACUAUGAUAGAGGAGGAAGAGGGCGACGAUGACAUUGACGGAAGCCAGCAGAUCCCAUGGCAAAUUACCCAGCCAGAUGAGCAAGAUGACACGAACCCUUUGGGCUCGGGAACCCCAAGCUUUCUACGACGGUCGAAUUCAGGACGAUAUGCAUCAAACAAUGCAUUUGCGAAUAAUCCGCUGAGUCCAGUUGGUGUCCGAAAGCAUCAGCGGUUUAAUGGAAAGGGGCUUACAGCGCUAGUACAGGGAUUGCGUGAUAUGGAAAAGGAGCGCAUGCAGGAUGAUUGGGAUAUAUUGAACGAGCUCGAAGUAGAGCAGAGACAGAAUGCUGCAAGAACUGAAGAAGAGGAGGAUAUUCAAGUAGGCGACAGUCAAGUGCCGCAUAACGAAGCCGACAACAAAUCGGGCCCCGGUGGGAAAACAUGGAAGAAGAAAACGCAAAAGAGAACUACUCGUCUUGUUAAAAUGAAGCCCGUCAUACAGACCAAAAACAGAGCUUCACGCACAACUGCAACAGUACCAACAUUCAAUAAAUCAACACAAGAAGAAAACAAAUCCGAACACGAAAGCGAGGACGAACUCGCAACUCUUGAUGACUCUCGGAUGCCAGCCGCCAAAAGACUAAGAGAAAGAAAACAACAUGUCCAAGACGAUAACGAAAACGACGAAGACAGUAACUACGACUCGAUCGACUCCUCCUCCGACAAGGACUUUACCACUACAGAAUCCGCACCAAAACCACCACCGCCACAACAACAACAAAAGCGACUAACAUCAAGUUUCACAGACAAAAUAAAAGCCGCUUUUUCAUCUAUCCCGGUGAAGGAUACCAGCAGUACUUCAACCACAAUCACAACAACCAAAAAAGCAGCAGGAAAAGAAAAAAGCAACGAAAAAUCAUCCCCCAAAAGACGAAAAGUCAACCCCGAUGCACACGCUAAUUAUCGAUCGCUCAAGAUUCGCUCAAAGGGGCAGGGAAGGUUUGGACGAGGUAGAUUUGGGCGGCGGUGA